AGCGGACAUGAAGGCGCCUGAUCAGCAGGGGCGUCCCAGCGUCCAGUUCCUGUGCCAGCGGUGCCAGAAAAUCAAGCGCGCAGCUGGCAUCUACUGGUACUGCACCGCCAAGGUCGAGGAUUCAGAGGAUGAAGACGCCGACUAUUCCUACAACUGCAUGUCCUGUGGCGGCGUGGAGGUGUACGGGAAUGAGGCAGACAUGGACAGCGAGGGCGAGGAGGUGACAGCGCCCCUCGACGCCCUGGACGACGCCCAGGCGCUCCUCGACACCUGGAUCGGGGAACUGGAUCAGCUGCAAAUGGUAAGUGUUGUAAACGAGACAGGCAGACUUCUCGAGAACGUGAAGAUAAGUACAGGCGUGUUCUUACAGUUCCAGGCAGGAAUGUAUCAGACUUGAAUGUGUUUGAUUAAGGUGCUGUUGCGUGACGACCCUAAUGACGGAGGGCGUUCCAAGUACGGGCGUGGGGAUGUGGCGAUCGCCGUGGUGGGUUUCGGGUGCGGUGUGGUGUCGACUGCAGUGUGUCAUGUGGCUUGAAGCACGAGGUGUGCUGCAUCGGCCGCCAGGUGUGUAUAUUGAAUGCCCUGUGUCAGAAAGUGCAUGGCGCUACUCUUUGCCAAGUGGACCUUGCAUGGCGGGCAGGAUAACUGCAUCAACGAGGCACAUGAAACAGCUGCUGAUCAAUACGGGAGGAGGAAGGAGAGAGGAACAGAGAGAGAGAAUUGGAGAAAGGAAGAGAGAGAGAAUUAGAGAAAGGAAGAGAGAGAGAGUUAGAGGGAGACAGAGAGAGA